AUGAACCCCAAUGCUGCCGCCUUCACGCCCUCCUUCGCCAAGUCCGACUGUGCUGCCUCCGACUACAGUAACGAGAACAAUACCACCAGCAACCGGCCCUCCAGACGCAGUACUGUCGAUUCUUCCAGAGAGGGUCUUAUUUCAGGACUGGGGAUCUCGUCACCAACAACAGAGGCCGGUGGACUCCGUGGCCAGGGCCUGACCGUUAACACCAAUGUCAUGUCACCGACCUCUUAUAUGCGCCAAGAACGCUCGACCUUUGCCACCACCGGCUCCGAACUCUCGCCUAUGCCCCUAUCUGCUCUCCCUGCCGACUUUAAUCCAGACGAGUUCCGUAUCAACCUUGUCCGCCAGAUCACCGACAAGCUUGAGACGGGUCUCGACCGCCACUUUUCACAGCUCGUCUCGGCCACGACCUCGGCUGCCUUGCCUCUUUCGCCAGCAACCUCCGAUCAUGACGGAUCAGGAUCGGCCACUGCAGGAGGUACAGGAACCGACAGCAGCACAACGAUCAACAACCUAAAGAAACUCCUCCGAAACACCACCGCCGAGCUGGAGCGUGUCAAGGGCAAGAACCAGGAGUUGCGCGAAUCGAAUCACAAACUAGAGCUCCAGCACAUGGAAGCCAGCCACCAGGUGUCCCGACUCCAAGACUUUGAACUUAACAACCAGUUCCUCCUCUCCCGUGUGAAGGAGCUCGAAUCCUGUGCCUCCUCCGUCGACUCUCUCGAAAACUCUUCCGUGAAUGGCCAACAGCAGCCACACCAGCGUGCCUCUCACCAGCACCACAACAGAAACAGCUCGACUGCCAGCAACGGAGCCCUCCAGAGCCAACACAUCCAGCGGUUGAUGCGCGAGGUCGCCACGCUCAAGUCUGAGCGAGACGCCCUUAAAAUCCGGUCAUGGGAACUCGAAAAGAAGCCUUACGCACAACAACAUCAGCAGCGACCCGCUCAUUUUGUUGAUCUCGAGAAUGAACGGAACCGUUUGGUCGAGGAGCUCGGCGCCAAAACUGUUGCUAUGGAAGAGCUCUGGAACAAGAACGAGGGCCUGAUGGUCCGCGCCAAAGAGUAUGAGAAACGUGUCUGGGAGCUUGAGGGUCAAUGCGCCGCUCUGGAAGAGGAAUGUGCUGCAUUGCCCACUCUUCGGUCGGACUUCGUCGAGAUGGAGGCCCGUGCCGUGGCUGCCGAUGCGCUCGUCGAAAAGACUCAGGACAUGGAGGGCCAGGUCGCACUGGUCAAAUCUCUCCAGGACCGCAUUCAAGAGCUCGAGACCACCAAUGCCGAGGUCGACCACCUCAACUGGGACCUCUCUGAGCGUCUCAACAUUGCCAUCAACCAACACACCCUUCUUACCAAGGAGUUCGAGUCCUUCCGGUCCAAUGAUAAGGACGACCGUCGCGUCGAGUUCUUGAUGAAUCGGAACCGUGAGCUCGAGGCUCUUUUGACUGAGCAGGCCAAGAUCUCGCCCGAUUACAAGGACGAGUACGAACGUGUCGCCGUCGAGCUGGAGAAGGUCAAGAUCCGCCUGCCCCAGCUGGAGGGUCAAGCCAAGCAGGUCGCCCUCCUGCGGUCCAAGACGCUCCAACUCGAGAAGCAGAUUAAGACCAUGGAGGAGCUUGACCCCCGUCUCGAACAGAUCCAGAGCUUGAACGAACGUAACCUGUUCUUGGAAAGCGAGCUCGGUGAGCUGGAGCACCUGCGUGCAAGAGAGAUGGAGCUCGAAAAUGAGCUGGAAGAGUCUAAGGUUCGUCUGAUGCAGCUCGAAACCAACAAAGCCCGCAUGGCUGGUCUCAAGUCUGCCUCGCCCGGCUCCCGCGCCCGCUCAGGCUCAAUGGCGACCGCCCAGCCCAACCCCACGCUCUUCUACGAGGGUGACGAGAAUGCUUCCGAGCUGAACGUUCGCACAGGCUCUCCCAUCCAGCAACAGCCAUCUCACUUCCAAAAGCCCCUGAGCCGCCGCACUUCGCAGUCGAUUGGGUCAGCAGACUAUGGAUAUGGUGUCCCCAUGUCGCCCACCACGGCCGCCAAGGGUGCCUCUGCCUGGCCUUCAGGUCGCAGCAGCAUGAGCAUGUCGGUCAACCGUACCAGCACCAGCUCCAACUCGAGCAGUUCUGGACUUGUCUUGACCAGAUCUGGAAGCCCGCGCCAAACCUCUGAGGAUGAAAAGGUUGUCCUCGCUGCUGCUGCUGUGUUGACAACAGAAGAGCCAGAGUCCCUCUUGGAAGACUCUUCGGCUGCUGUUGCUGUCGUGUCAGCUACUCCUGCCCCUGUUGCCCAAGAGGUCAACUAA